AUGGUGACUUUCUUCUCGGACCUCAAUCAAGGUUUGUUAAAUGCUUUGGGGGUUGUGUUUCCUGGAAGGCCUCAUUCUUACUGCUACUAUCACCUCAAACAGAAUUUGAUAUCGAAGUACUCGAAGUCAGGCUAUGGGAAACUGCUCCAAGGCCGUGUUAUCAAUCUAUUUAGUAGAUGCGCAUAUGCUGUUACGGAGGAAGAGUUUAAAGUAGCAAUGGAUGAGUUGGUAAUUGUUGGGAGUUCGAAAGUGAAGACAUUUAUAUAUGAUUUGUCUAGAGAUCACUAUGCCAACGAUUUUUUCAAAGGAAUGUGUUACGAGGAGAUGGCAAACAGUUUAGCCGAGUCAUUUAAUAAUUGGGUUGGUGUAUUUCGAGAUUUGCCGGUGUUACCUUUGAUAGAAGGGAUUCGACAGAAAUUAAUGGUAUUGAAUUCUCAACGACGAAUUGAACCGGAGAAGUGGACAACACUUUUGUGUCCAGAGAUGGAAACUAGACUGUGGGAAAACGUGGAGGCUGGUAGGACUUGGGCAAUUCGUCGUUCUAGUUGCAUUAUUUUUGAAGUAUUUGUUGAUUAUUAUGUGAUGGUUGAUCUAGGGCAAAGGACGUGUUCUUGCCGUCUUUGGCAAAUUGAUGAUUUUCCUUGUACGCAUGCCGUGGCUGCAAUUCUAGCAAAGAAAGAUUCGGUUUGUGAUUACGUUGAGUGUUACUACAGUUCUUACUUCUUUCGAAAAGCCUAUGAGAGUCCUAUUUUUCCUAUUCCAGAUAUUAGCAAAGGCUUGGGCAGCAACGGUUUAGUUGCUGGAGUUGUGCUUCUGCCAAUUACAAAAAGGCCAGCCGAAAGACCACCAACGAAGAUAAUCAAAGCUUUUGGUGAAGUUAUAUGGCCAUUGAAAUGCAGCCGGUGUAGUGUUGUUGGGCACAACAGGAAGACUUGCAAGGCGGUGAUGUGA